AUGAUAUCAGUAAGAUUCUAUGGAACUACAGCAUAUCUCAUCGACAAAAGUCUUAUACCAAUAGUUUUGUUAUGGAUUGACCCAGUUGUUGGAUAUAACUUCAUAACUUAUGGUUCAUUCGAUACGGAACGUUGCAGUGAAGGCUUACUUUAUAUCGUUCAGAAACCGAAGGACUUCAAUACAAAGAGAUAUAAGAUAGGAAGAACAUAUAAUAUAACUCAAAGAUAUGACAGUACAGUCAAUAGAGUCAAGGUUGUGUUUGUUAAUGAUAUGAGAGCUGCUGAAACAGAACUACUUGAAAAGUUUGAGAAAAUGUAUGGUGCUCCCAUAAAAGGUAAAGAAACGUUUGAAGUAGAUGAGAUAGAUAAAGCUAUAAAAUUAUUUGACGAAGUUGCUGAAAAAUACAUGUAA